AUGGUAUCAAUUAUAAAUUUAGGAAAAGUUAAACCAUUUGGUUUAUCAUAUAUUAUUAAUAGUAAUAAUAAUAAUAAUAAUAAUGAUGAUGAUGAUUAUAAUAAUGAGAUUAGGGAGUCUGAAUCAUCAAUACCAUAUGAAUAUUAUUUUUGUCAAAAUCCAUUGAAAUCAUGCUUCAAUGAAGAACAAAAAAUAUUAUUACAAAGUGAAAAUGAUGAAACUGAUGAAAAAGGAAUGAUAUUGGUAAAUAAUUCAUUCUUUGAAGAGGCUCAAUUAUUUUGGUAUCAAAAUACAGUGGUUUGGAGUUCACCAUUUACAGUUAAAAAGAAAUUUACUUUACCAUUACUUUUAUCAUCAAUGAUUUAUCCAAAGAUAAAUAAUGCAAUUUGGUCUCAUUUCCCAUUUUUAAAAGAUUUAUCAAAACAACAACAGGAACAACAACAACAACAACAUCACCAACAAUCAGAAUACACUACUUCAUCAAUUAAUAAUGAUAUUGAUGAUUAUUAUAAAUAUUUAUGUGUAUUACAUAAUCAAGGAUUAAAUAUUUAUAAUUCGAUUGGAAAUAGUUAUCAAAUUGUAUUACCAUGUAAAGUUAUUAAUAUUUGGAGUUCAAAAUUUGGAUUAUUAUUAGAAAGAGAUAGUAGUUUAGAUUCAACAUUAUUAGCAGGUAGAGAUAGAUCUGAAAUACCUUCAAUAUUUAGUAUUUUAAAUCCUUUAGAAGAAUUAAAACCAGUUUUAACAUUUUCAAAAUCAAAUAAUAAUAAUAAUAAUAAUAAUGAAGCAUUACAACAAGAGUUCUUUUCAGAUACAAAUCAAACUAUUGUUUUUUCAAGUACAGAUUAUCCAAUUUUAAUAACAUAUUCAAAUAUUGAAAAUGUUCAUAUAAUUUAUCAAGUAUCACAUGUUAAACCAAGUAGUAAUGCUGAAAAUGAUAAUACUAAUAAUAAUAAUAAUAAUAAUAAUACAAAUACAAAUAUAAGUAAUAAUCAAACAAUUAAUAAUGAAAAUGGUACAACAACAACAAUAAUUAAUAAUAGUUCAAUAGUUAAUACUAGUAAACCAAUAUUCAAUUUUAAUAAUGUUUCAGUGAACGAUCAAAGUUUUGAUUAUAGUAAUAUAAAUAUUUCAUCAUCUUCACCACCAUUCUCUUCAAGAAAUAAUAACAAUAAUAAUAAUAUUAGUAAUAAUAAUAAUACAAAUAAUAAUACAAAUAAUAACAAUACAAAUAAUAGUACAUCAAUGAUGCAACAAUCAAUUCAACAACAACAACAACAACAACAACAACAAGAGAAUUCAAGUUUUAAAUUUUUAAAUGAAGAUAAAAGUUAUUUCUUUGAUGAUGAAUCAGAAUUUAUCAUUAAAAGUGAAAUCAUUUUUGAAGAAGUUUUAAAGGAUAGCACCAGAUUAAAAUCAAAUACUAAAUCAAAAUCAAUAUUCAUUACAUUGGAUAAUAAUCAAAAACCAUUACUUUGUAUUGAAAUUAAUUCAACUUUAUUUUGUUAUAAUUUAUUUAUUGAUCAAAAAAUUAAAUCAACCCAAUCGUCAUCAUCAAAUAAAAAUAAUAAUAAUAAUAAUGAUAGAAAUGAAGGAAUUGAAGAGAAAUUAAAACUAGAAUUUUCAUUUUCAAUUUCAUCAGUUCAAUCAUCAUCUCCAAUAUUUAUAGAAUCAUUUUAUAAUAAUAACGAAUAUACAAUUCCAAAGGGUAUAAAUCAACCAUUUAUACCAUUACCAACUCAUAUAUUGGUUUUAAAUGAUCAUUUAUUAUCAGUUUAUUGGGGACCUUUUAAAAUUUUAGAUUUACCAAUUGAUAAUAAUAGUAAUAAUAAUAAUAAUAAUAAUAAUAAUAAUAAUAAUAAUAAUAAUAAUAAUAAUAAUAAUAAUAAUAAUAAUAAUAAUAAUAAUAAUAAUAAUAAUAAAAGAAAACCAUUGUAUAUAAAAGAUUCAACAUUUAAUAGAGUAACAAUUGUAUAUUCAGAUAAAGAAGAGAUUAGAUUUAAAAUUACAUUAGGUAAAUCAUAUUUAGUUUCAUCAUGUUUAGGUGCAUUAUCAUCAUUUAUACCAAUGAAUUUAUUAGCUUCAAUUUAUCAAGAUUUUAAUGAUUUCCAUAAAUUUAGAAUCAAUAAUUUAUUAAAUAGUAAUAGUAAUAAUAAUAAUAAUAAUAAUAAUAGUGAAGAAGAGAAUGAUAAAGAAUGGAUUUCAUUUCAAAUUUUAUUGAUUUCAUUAUUAGAGAAAUCAUUAUUGAAGAGACCUACUGAUGCUGAUACUAAUAAAAAAAUUAAAGAAAAUAAUCAUAUAAAAAAGGAAGAAAAUGAAGAUGAUUGGGAAUUUUUAUUAAAUAGUAAUUAUCAUAAAAAUUAUGAAAAAGGUUUAUCAUUCUUAUCAAAUUUAAAUAUAUCAGAUUCAUCAAAAGUUUACCCAUCAAAUAAUAAUAAUAAUAAUAAUAAUAAUAAUAAUAAUAAUAAUAAUAAUAAUAAUAAUAAUAAUAAUAAUAAUAAUAAUAAUAAUAAUAAUAAUAAUAAUAAUAAUAAUAAUAAUAAUAAUAAUAAUUGUAACAUAUUUAUAGAGUCUAUAAAUGAUUUUAAUUUUAAAACUUCAUUAAAUUCAUUCAUUGAAUCAAUUGAUGAUAUAAUUAUAGCAUUACAUCAUCAAUAUGAAGAAUUUAAAAUUUUAACAUUCAAUAUUAACUAUAUUUAUAAAUUAUCAAAAUUUUUAAUUCAAUUAUCAUUACAUUUAGAAUUAUUUAAUUAUGUUGAUUAUUAUUUUAGAGAUUUUGGAGAUUUGAUAGAUUUUAUAAAUCAAUUUAAAAUAAAAUCAAAAACAUCAAUUGAUAUAUCAUCAUUAAAAUUACAAUCACUAUUAAAUGAUGAUAUAUUUUCAAUUUAUAAAUUUGUAUAUAAUUCAUUUAAUGAAAAUAAUAGUGAAACACAGCAACAACAACAAUUUAAUAAAGAAAAGUUUGAAAGAAAUAAAUUAACAAAAUAUCACUUUAAAUGGAUAUAUAAAAUGAAAUCACUUUAUUCAAUUCAAUCAAAAAUUAAUGAUAAUAAUAGUAAUAAUAAAAAUAAUAUAAAAUAUAUUUCAGAGAAAUUAAUAAUGAAAAUGGUAGAAUUAGAUAUAAAAUUAGAAGACUUAAAUUCAAUUUCAUUUGGAUUAUCAUUACCAUUAAGAGAAUCAAUUAAAUAUUGUAGAAGUAAUCCACCGAUUGAUUGGCCAUUAAAAGCUUAUUCAUUGAUUGAAAGAGAGGAAUUAAUUUAUAAAUUUAAUAUUGAUGAUGUAAAUAAUGUAAAGGAUGGUUUAAAGAUUAAUUCAUUGUUAAUUUCUGGUGGUAAAAAUAAAUUAUUAUCAAAUUCAACAAUGAAUCAUGGAUAUAAUUCAUUAUCAACAUCUAUAACUAAUACUUUAUCAACAGCAUCAUCAUCUAGUAAUGAAAUGAAUUCAAAUUCAAAUAUUACUUCUAUUAAUGGACAAAGUAAUGGUUUACCAAUGAAUUCUACAACCAAUCAAAUGAAUUCUCAUCAAAUUAAUAAUAAUGGUGGUGGUGGUGGUGGUGGUGAUGAUCAUCAUCAUCAUCAUUCAAAUUCGACUUCAUUUGAUUUAUCAAAAUUUUAUCAUGGUCAAGAUGAAUUCUAUAAGAGGAUAACUUAUCUUAGAUUUGAUACUGAUCAAAGAAUUCAGGAGGUUUAUAGAUUAUUAUCAUUUUCAAAUAGAAUUCAAAUUAAUCAUACUCAAGAGAAUGGUGUUAGUGAUCAUGAUUAUCUAUCACAAUUACAGAGUAAAUUAUUAUUGUCAGUUCAAAGAUCCAUUUCUUUACCAAUAGCAUGUGGUAUGUUUACAAUUAGAUCAAUUAAACCAUUACCAACUGAAACUAUAAAUAUUCCACCAAUAAUAUUGAAUGGAUUUGUUGGUGGUACUAAAACAAAUAUAUCUUUGGAUCCAACAAUGGUACAAGAUAAUAUGAUGGUUUGGCCAGAAUUUCAUAAUGGUGUUGCUGCUGGUUUAAAAGUAUCUGCUGAUCAAACUGAAAUCACAAAUACUUGGAUCAUUUAUAAUAGACCAAAACAAUUUAAUCCAUCUUAUUCUGGUUUAUUAAUGGCAUUGGGUUUACAAAAACGUUUAUCUUCUUUAGCAUUCACUAAACUAUUUGAAUAUUUAGCAAGUGGUCAUCAAUUAACUAGUGUUGGUUUGCUAUUGGGUAUCUCUUGUACUAAAAUGGGAACAAUGGAUAUGUCAAUUGCAAAGGUACUUAGCGUACAUAUUCAAUCAUUACAUCCACCUUUAUCAAUUGAUUUAGAUGUACCAAGUUAUGUUCAAAUCGCUGCACUCAUGGGUAUUGGUUUAUUGUAUUGUCAAACUUCUAAUAGAAGAAUGACUGAAGUAUUAUUAAUGGAAAUUGGUAGAAAACCAAUAAAUGAUAAACCAUUAGAUCGUGAUAGUUAUAGUCUAACGGCUGGUAUGGCAUUGGGUUUGGUUAAUUUAGGAAAAGGUGCAAAUGAAGGUUCCCUAACUGAUCUUCAUGUUGAAGAUCGUUUAAGAUCCUUUAUUGGUAUAAGUAAAGAGGAUUCUUUUGAUCAUAUGUCAACAUUUUUUAAUCAAUCUUAUUCAACUCCUUCAAUUUCAUCAAAUAGAAAUAAUAAUGAUUUAUUUAAUAAUGGUAGUAAUAAUAAUAGUAGUAGUAAUGGUGGUGGUGGUGGUGGUGGUGGUAAUAAUAAUGGUAAUAAUAGUAACAAUGGUAAUAAUGGUUCAUCACAAUUUAAAAAAUCAAAUACAAUUUUAGAAAGUUCAAAACCAAAUAUUGAUUUAACAGCACCUGGUGCUAUAAUUGCAUUAUCAUUAAUUUAUUUAAAAACUAAUAAUUUAAAGAUAUCAAAUUAUUUAUCAAUACCAGAUACAACAUUUGGUUUAAAUUAUAUUAGACCAGAUUUAGUUUUAUUAAGAAUUUUAGGUAGAAAUUUAAUAUUGUGGGAUUCUAUUAAACCCCAAUUCCAAUGGAUUAUUGAUUCAGUACCAUUAGUUGUGAGAAAGAAUGUAACUAUAGAUAGAAACUCUGAAAAGGUAUUCCAAGAACAUUCCAAUAAUAAUAAUAAUAAUAAUAAAUCAAGAAGUUCCUCAUCAUUAAAUGAUUUUGAAUCAUUUAUAUUAAUAUUUUGUAAUGUAAUUGCUGGUGCCGCUUUUUCAAUUGGUUUAAAGUAUGCAGGAUCAUUAAAUGAAAAUGCUUUCUCUCUAUUGAUGGAUUUAAUUCAACUAUUUAGAAAGAGACAAGUUUAUUUGAAUAAAUGUUUACUAAAGAAAAAGAAAAUCGAACCUACCUUUGAUAAAGUUAUGAGAGUGACCACCGAAACAUGUUUAAAUGUGGUUGCAUUAUCAUUAUCUUUGGUUAUGGCUGGUUCUGGAAAUUUAGAAACUUUGAAAAUACUUAGAAUGUUAAGAUCUCGUAUUGGAAAUGAAAUCACCUAUGGAAAUCAUAUGGCAAUUAAUAUGGCUAUCGGUUUCUUAUUUUUAGGUGGUGGUCAAUAUACAUUAUCAACUUCAAAUAUUGCCAUAGCAAGUUUGGUUUGUUCAUUGUAUCCUCGUUUCCCAUGUUCAAGUACCGAUAAUGAUUAUCAUUUACAAGCAUUUAGACAUUUAUAUUUCCUUGCAAUUGAUCCAAGAUGUUUAAUAACAAGAGAUGUUGAUACAUUAGCACCAUGUCAUGUACCAAUUGAAUUAACAAUUUUAAAUAAUGAUACAAUGAAAUUAGAAACUAAACAACUUGUUACACCUUGUUUAAUACCAGAAUUAUCUUCAAUUCGUUCAAUUUCAAUUAAAUCUCCAAGAUAUUGGAAUAUUUUUAUAAAUAGAGGUUUUGUUGAUGGUGGCGUUGAUAUCAAUAUCAAUAAUAAUAAUAAUAAUAAUAAUAAUAAUAAUAAUAAUAAUAAUAAUAAUAAUAAUAAUAAUAAUAAUAAUAAUAAUAAUAAUAAUAAUAAUAAUAAUAAUAAUAAAAAUAUAUUAAAAAAUCAUCCAACUAUAUUUUUAAAAAGAAAAAUUGGUCAUUUACCUUAUACAGAAGAUCCUGAAGGUUUUAGAAGUUUAUCAAAGAGUUUCCCAAAGAGUGAAUCGAUUUCAUUGUAUUCAUCAUCUAAAGGUUUUCAAAAGAAUAAAGAGGAAUUUUUAAAAUCCUUUAUAUCCGAUCCAAAUUUAUUGGCAUUUGCAAAACAUUUUUGUACUAAUCAAUCAAAUGAAUUUGAACAUUUCAAUACAACCAUACUGUAUGAAUGUUUAACUCAAGAUACUCCAGAAGUAAUUCCAUUACUUCUUUUAUUAAAUGAUAUUGCAAAUAAUUUUGAAAAAUAUUCAAAUUCAAAUACAACAAUAGUUUUAGAAAAUUUAAGAAUUAUUUUUAAAUUUUAUUCAAAAUGGAAUAAUGGUUAUUAUUUAAAUAAUAAUAAUAAUAAAAAUAAUAAUAAUGAUGGAUGGUUAAUUCAUUCAACAUUUCUUGAUUCAAUUUCAACUAAAAUUGAUGAACACUUUGAAAAACAUUUUUUAAAUGAACAAUCAAAUAAGAAACUAUUAUCAAAUUAUUUAUUAACUGGUGAAUUACCAAAUUCUUUAUCAACUUCAAUUAAACGAAAAUUUGCAAGUUUCAUUUCUUAUUAUAAUUUACCAAAUAACAAACAAUUCCAAUCAUUUAAAUCACUUUUAAAUAAUAAUAACAAUAACAAUAGUAAUGCGAUUUAUCAACUUUGGUCAUCAUUAGGUAAUCAAAUUAAUUUCAAUUCUAUUAACAAAAUUAUUGAAUUAUCAACUUUAUCUUUUGAUGAAGAUAGUUAA